AAAACCAACAGCGGUCGCAGCUCUCUUUCCCAGGUGAGCCAGCCAGCGAGUGCGCCACCACCACAACCCAGAUCUCCGCCUCGCCGGCUGGCCCCCCUCGCCCCCACAACCACCAUGCGGAGCACGGGCCCGGCAACAACGGUGACGCGGGUGGCGCAGAGGGUCGUCGCCCCGUCGGCGCCCACGCCCGGGGGCGAGCUCCCGCUCUCCUGGCUCGACCGCUACCCCACGCAGCGCGCGCUCAUCGAGUCCCUCCACGUCUUCAAGGGCCGCGCCGGCGACGACGCCGCCGAGUCCCCGGUCAAGGUCAUCGAGCGCGCCCUGGCCGCCGCGCUCGUGAGCUACUACCCCAUCGCCGGCCGGCUCGCGCUGUCCGACGGCGGCGAGCUGGUCGUGGACUGUACCGGCGAGGGCGUGUGGUUCGUGGAGGCCACCGCGAGCUGCACCCUGGAGGAGGUGGACUACCUCGAGUACCCGCUCAUGGUGCCCAAGGACGAGCUGCUGCCGCAACCCACCUACCCCGCCUCCGACCCCCUCGCCGAGGACUCCGUAAUCCUUCUAGUCCAGGUCACGCAGUUCGCGUGCGGCGGCUUCGUGGUCGGGUUCCGGUUCAGCCACGCCGUCGCGGACGGCCCCGGCGCGGCGCAGUUCAUGUCGGCGAUGGGCGAGAUCGCGCGCGGGCGCGCCGCGCCGUCGCUGACGCCGGCGUGGGGCCGCGAGGCGAUCCCGAGCCCGCCGGCCGCGUCCGUGGGCCCGCUCCCGGUCCCGACGGAGCUCCGGCUGCAGUAUCUGGCCAUGGACAUCUCCACCGACUACAUCGACCACUUCAAGGCCCGGUUCCUGGAGGAGACGGGGCACCGGUGCAGCGCGUUCGAGGUGCUGAUCGCCAAGGCGUGGCAGGCCCGCACCCGCGCCGCCGGGUUCGCGAGGGGCUCCCCCGUGCACGUGUGCUUCGCCAUGAACGCGCGGCCGGCGCUCCGCCCCCGCGCGCUGCCCGACGGGUUCUACGGCAACUGCUACUACAUCAUGCGCGUGUCGGCGCCGGCGGAGGCCGUGUCGGACGCGCCGCUGAACGACGUGGUCCGGCUGAUCCGCGAGGGCAAGAAGCGGCUCCCGUCCGAGUUCGCGCGGUGGAGCCGCGGGGAGAUGGGCGACGGCGGGGACCCGUACCGCAUCACGUCCGACUACCGGACGCUGCUGGUGUCGGACUGGUCGCGGCUGGGGUUCGCGGAGGUGGACUACGGUUGGGGCGCCCCCGUGCACGUGGUGCCCCUCACCAACCUGGACUACAUCGCGACGUGCAUCCUGGUCCGCCCCUCCGCGCACAAGCCCGGCGCGCGCCUCAUCACCCAGUGCGUCGCCGCCGACGGCGUCGACGCCUUCCACCGGGACAUGAUGCGCCUCGACUGAUUGGUCCACCACACGAUCAGUUGCAGCAGGUGCCGUUGCCAACGGCCAGUAGUUGUCGGCCGGAGAGCAGAGGAGAAUAUUCUACUGCAACACCACGAUACAUACAUAAAAUACGUGUUGUAAUGUUUGAUUUAUUCGUUCCAUUCGAUUAAAUUCGUUUUGCCAUUUAUAGGAGUACAUGAUGCGAAGUUGUUGCUUGUGAUUCGGGUUGUGAAUGUGAAAGAAGAGCUGUAACGAUCGAGACAUCGAGUUGGUGGGGAGCCACUGUCUCCUCCUGCCUAAGCAAAGCGCAGGAGUAAGUAAGCAAGUUGUUUGUCA